AUGAUCCAUAUGUAAUGAAAUGGUAUGUCUCUAACGCAAAUUGCUGAAAUCGUAACUCCGAAGAAACAUGAGUUCACGUAAGUUCCAGUGGAGGCAGACUUAAAAUUAGGGUGCCCCCAUCUUCGAUGUGUUAACUACCAGCACUCCUCUUACCCCGCUCUGUUCCUUUCUCUCUCGAUCCUUCGUAUCAUCAUCGUUCGCUUGUAUCAACGUGGUAAACGAAACCAAGAUGGCGAUCGUCCACAUUGUCAUGUUCCAGUUCAAGCCAGAUGCCUCUGAGGCGACCAUUCAGGAUGUGGUCGACCGCAUGCUGUCGCUCAAGGACCAGUGUAUUCAUCCGACAACGAACAAACCAUAUAUCAAAUCCUCUGCUGGUGGGAAGCAGACUAGCCCCGAGGGCAAGUCGGGAGGGUUCACACACAUUUUCGUGGAAGAGUUCGAGACUGAAGAGGAUCGAGACUAUUAUACUCUCAAAGACCCUGCGCACCUCGCAUUCGCGAACUCCUUGGGUGCAGUGGUUGAAAAGGUGCAGGUGGUCGAUUUCACCCCGGGUGUGUUUUAAUUUAUAUUCCGGACGAGUUUGCGGAUGAAAAUCCGGGAAAUGCAGUACCGCUUUUUUAUAUCAAUUCUCAGUAAAGUAGUUUUCUUUAUUGAACUUUAAAUGUAUAUAUAGUAAGUAGUACACGAUAUAUUACGACUACGGCGGCGCUGGGGAUCUGUCGGCCAAGAGCAGAUCGUCAAAGCUUCGAUAGUCCGUAAGUAUCACACCCAUCAAGUAACACGGUUUGCCGAUUCGUCUUCCCCACCGGAAGAAUCAAGUGGACUUCUCCAGUUAACUACUCUAGUUGCUCCUCUGAUCAGGAUACGAC